AUGUCCAAGAAGAAAACGGCGUCGACUAUGUCGUUGAAGGACUUUCAUGGCGGUUCUAUUCCCUCUGAUCUCCCUCUUCCUUCUGCUCCUGGCGUUAUGGUGAAACCUGGUUCGGACAGAAAUGCUUCAACGAAUUGGGGAAACAAUUUGAUGCGGCCGGAUCUCCGUCCACGACCGAAGUCGUCGGGUGCUGCACGUGGUUUUGAUGAGAAAGCUUCGUUUUUAUCUCACCCUGCACCUAUAGGAAGAAAUUUUGAUGAGGAUGAGCGUAAGCCGUUAGAUGGUUCAUCUGCUCCUCGUCGUACUAUCAGCGAUGAAAAUGGUGGUGUUUCAGCUCCGGUUCAUCAAGAAUUGAAGCCGGAGUAUGUUUCGUCGGUUAGGGUGCCUGAUAGACCGGUGACAAGCCCGGUACCACAGUCUCCAAGUUUGGGUUCCAAUUUGUCUCCGUUGAGAUCGGGAGGGGGUUCGGUUGUAGUUAGUUCGCAGAAUUUGGGUGGUUGGGGGGCUAGUAAUUCAGCAAUUCCAAGUGGUAAUAAUGGUCAGGGUGUGAUUAGCAGUCCUCCGAAUGCUUGGGGAGUGAGGAGGGAUGUGAUGGGUGGUCAUGAGGUGAGGGGUUCUUCUGUGUCGUCGGCAUCAAAUACUGUGUCAAAGUUUGCUCAAGCAAGUGCACUUGAAAAAGUAUCUUCAGGAUUGUGGCAGUCAAAGAAUCCUGGUGACCUUUUACCACAUUUGAUUUAUUCACAGGAGAGUAAUGCAAGUCAUAGUGUGGAUGUGGGUAUGGAAAGAGGUGAUUAUGAUACUUCAAGGGGAAGUCAAUCUGAAAAUGGUGGGGUUACUGGAGAUAGAAAUCAGGGUGGGGGAAGGACACUGCCGAAUUAUAGAAGGGAUCAACCUCAAAUGCACUCAGAAGAGGUUCGUACUGGUGGUACUGUCGGGUCUCAAACUCGACCAGCAGUCCCUCCAGAAGUAUCAGAUCGGCCUAAGUUGAAUCUUUUUGCUAGAACUAAACCAUUGGAGAGACCAGAAACGGACUACAUACAGGGGUACCAGCAGCCUAUAGUAUCUGGGAAGAUUGAAGUUGUCCAUGAAUUGUAUCGAAAUGAAAGUCCUUCAAAACCAGGGUUGGCUGAUGCCAAGAUUGGUAGUCAGUCAGUUGAGAGACCAGUUGAGCGUCCCAGAUUGAAUUUGAAGCCUCGCUCACAACGUAUUGAAAAAUCUGAUGGAAGUUUUGAAAAAGAAAGGAGUACAUUGUUUGGCGGUGCACGUCCCCGGGAAUUGGUUCUCAAGGAACGUGGUGUGGAUGACACAGCGAUUAACCUUGACCUAAAUCAUUCACCCAACAGGGUGAAUUCUCCCAAGAAUGAAAUGACAUCAGAACAUGGGGUUCCAACUGCUCGUCAGAGUCAGAAAAAUGACAACCGUGGGGCUAACAACAGAAGGAACGACAGGAGGGAUUCUGAGAGAAAAGAUCAACGGAUGGACCAUGAGAAAACUGAUGGGGAAAGGAAGAACUGGAGGAAUGAUAAAUGGAAAAGCAGCAAGGAUGCCAAAGACCAGCGACCUGAACCUGAAACUUGGCGCAAACCUAUUGAAGAACCAAGACCUGCUUCAUCUGACGCUGCUGGGAACCGCCCUGUUAAAGUAGUAUCCGCCUUGGAGCUAGCCCAAGCAUUCUCAAGGUCAGCCUCUGAUCCAAAGAGUCAGAAUAUACCUUCUCCUCAAAGAGGCAUGCCUGCAUGUAAUGAUCAACCCUUUUCGCGACUGACGGAGACCCGUGAGCAUUACUCACCACCAGCCACAGCGCCAACCUCACGACAUCGAAUCAAUGGUUACUGA